UGUGGAAUAACAUUGAUUUGGCUGUAGAGAACGCUGGAUGGCUGAAAUUAUAAAUCUGUAAUAACUGCAAAUAGUAUAUAUUUAUAAAACUAUAAAAUUUAUAUAUUAUUUAGUUUGAUAAUAGUUUGUUUAUUUAGUGAGUUAUAUUGUAGAACCUCUGCUGAUAUCAGUAAUUUGCGGCUUCAUUGAGAGUCAUGUUACUGUCAAUUUAUUUCUUUAAACUUUCACAAUGACGUUUCUAAUUUUUGUGACUUUUAUAUUUACUGUAAAUGGUAAUUAAUAGAGCAUAUGGAUGUAGUAGUACUGUUCUCAUAAUUAGUUUUUGAGCAUUUUUUUAUAUUUCUGUUUUAACCAUAGAGUAGGUAGUGGUGUAUAGGUUUUGAGUAUUUUAUGUGAACAGCAGAUGUCAUACUUUAGAAUGUCUAUCUAGGUGCUUUAGCACAUCUGACUCUGCAUAAAAGUAAACUGGAAACCUCACACACAGUCAUGCUCCAGGCCUUGCUUCUUCUGGCAGCUCUUUUUGAGUGUCCAGCUUGUCAUGCCCACAAUAUGGACUCUGCUCACCUCACUAUUCAAUAUCAUGUCUGGGAAGAACAGCCCCCUGGGACAAGGGUGGGCCGCCUCCUGGAUGAUCUACGUGAGCGCGGGGAAACGGGGUCACUAGAAAACUUCCAGGUCGUCCAGCAUGGGCAUGCCCUUCCGGUGAUAGUUGCUUCAAGGGAUGGUACAGUGUCCACACUUGGUCGGCUGGACAGAGAAGAGCUAUGCUGGGGAACAGAACUUUGUGAACUGGCCUUCAAUGUUCUCUACAGAAAAGGUGGUGCAAUGCAUCUACUCUCAGUUCGUGUGGAGGUGAUGGACCUAAAUGACCACAGCCCAGUUUUCCCUAGUCUACUGCAGGAGGUGGAGAUCUCUGAGACCGCUUCAUUGAGAAUGCGAAUUCCUCUUGACCGCGCUGCAGAUCCAGAUGCAGGGCCGAAUGGCCUUCAGACCUACACCUUGUCUUCUAACCAGCACUUUGCUUUGGACGUCCGUUCUUUUGGAGGGGCUAAGCAGGCUGAAUUAGUUGUCACCAAAGAACUGGACAGGGAGUUGCAGUCCUCUUUAGAACUGGUGUUAACAGCCUGGGACAAAGGAAACCCACCAAAAUCAGGCAGCACAAAAAUUACUGUCACAAUUCUCGACUCCAAUGACAACAGCCCUAUAUUUGAGGAAGCCCCCUCAGUUAUUGAGCUAGCAGAGAACACAGUUCGUGGGACAAUUGUCAUAAAUCUUCGUGCUACGGACCCUGAUCAAGGUGCUAAUGGGGAAGUUGAGUACUCCCUUAGUAAGCACUCUCCACUGGAAGUACAAAGACUAUUCAGCAUCCAUCCCAAAACAGGUGCUUUGACUUUACAAGGCCCUUUAGAUUUUGAAGAGAAGAAUGUAUAUGAGGUAGACAUCCAAGCUCGAGAUCUGGGGCCCAAUGGUAUCCCAUCCCACCACAAGUUGCAAAUUAAAUUGCGAGAUGUAAAUGAUAAUGCUCCCCGGAUACACAUAACAUGGACUCCCCCAGACUCCCCUGUUGCGACAGUCACAGAGGGAGCACCAAAUGAAACUUUCCUUGCUCUUGUGAUGGUAUCUGAUGCAGAUUAUGGGGCAAAUGGGCAGGUACAAGUACACAUUUUGACUGGAUCUGGCCCUUUCAGACUCAAACAAAUCCAUGGAGACAAUUACAUGAUUGUAACCAAUGGCACUCUGGAUCGUGAGAAGCAAAUGGAAUAUAACCUUACUCUUCUCGCUCAAGACAGUGGUGAUCCAUCUCUGUCCUGCAUUAAGCACUUGACUGUCCAUGUUUUGGAUGAAAAUGAUAACCCACCAAUCUUUACCAAGAGCCACUACCGGAGUGUCCUGAAAGAGAAUAACACACCUGGCUUCCAUUUAUUGACUGUGGAGGCACAUGAUGUUGACCUGGAUCUCAGUGGACAGGUAUCCUUCUCCAUUAGAGAGUCAAAUGAACUGGGGACACCAACAGCUUUUUUCUCGGUUCACCCCAGCAGUGGGGAAGUGACUGUCCAGCAAUCAUUAGACUAUGAGGAAUCCCGCGUCUACUCAUUUAUUGUGGAGGCUGUGGAUCAAGGGUACCCACCAAUGACCAGCAGUGCAGCAGUGCUGGUUGAAAUACAGGAUGUUAAUGACAAUUACCCCAUAAUUUAUGAGCCUCUACCCAAGAAGGGGGUUGCAUUGCUAAAUGUCCCAGUGAAUGUGGACAAAGGGGAGAUUGUGACUGAACUUGGAGAUAAAGCUAUGGAGGAUAAUUUCCACAAACAUAGAAAUUACUCUUCCCUCAACAAACCUGAAGGAUUUCUGGCCACCACAGUUCGGGCCAGUGAUCCAGAUUCUGGUCUCAAUGGAAGACUCAAUUUUGGAAUAACAGACGGCAACCCUUCUAAUAUUUUUUUUCUGGACAAAACAUCUGGGGAGUUUUAUGUUAAUAUAACUAAUGCCACAGAACUUGUUGGGAGAACAUUUAAACUGGGAAUUGAAGUAUCUGAUAUGGGAACUCCUAUACUAAGCACAAGAACCACUUUGGAAGUGACUUUCAUUAAUUUUCGUGACCACCUGAAGAACUUGUCUCAUGAUAACCAGGCCCAGUACAGCUUUACAAUGCUUUUGGCCAUCUGCCUUGGAUCAACUUGUCUGGUAUUAUUUUUAACCAUCGCUUUAGCUAAGACAUUCUGUCACCCAGACAAACGGGACAACCGUGCUUACAACUGUAGGCAAGCUGAGUCCACGUACACCCGCCACCCACGACGGCCUCAGAAGCACAUUCGAAAGACUGACAUCCAGCUGGUACCAGUCCUUCGGGGUCGUAGAGAAACGUCUCAAGAAGAUGAAGCUGAGGCAUUAUCAUCUACAUCACCCUUAGUGGAAAAACCACAUUCACAUAGUCAGUUUACACUUACACCAACACUUGCUCGCAUGACUCAAAAUCAAGCUCAUAAAGAAAUGGAUGGGAACCUGCCACUCACUCAGAGCAAGAUACUCAAAAAGCCUGGGAGCAUAGAGUGGAAUGGAACACUUCCGUAUACCCCAGGAACCCCAUACCGGACCCUGCAAAAAAACAGAAAUUCUUCCUCAUCAUCAUUUGCAAACUCACAGGCUAGUACGCUCAGACGAAAUAAAAUUGAAGAAUCCAAGCCCACUAGCAUGGACACCUCACAAACUAUGACUUCAGUUUCAAGUAGUCAGGCAACAUUACGGAGACCAAAGACCACAGAAAAAAGAGAAAGGAUGGAAGAAUCAGACCAAAGGCAGAUCCUGAGGAACCUUGUUAGACUCUCUAUGGCAGCCUUUGCAGAAAACGGUUCUAUUGAACUAUCCUCAGCCUCACCUGAAGUGCAACAGGUGUCUCAGCUCCUGUCUCUGUUGCAUCAGGGGCAACUUCAGCCUCGACCAAAUUUUCGUGGCAACAAAUAUUCCCACAGAACUGGCAGGUCAGGGGCCCAGGAUGCUGAUUGGCUGAGCACUAAAGACAGUGGUCAUGGUGAGAGCGAAAUGGGCGAUAUGGACUGGGAAACAGGCAGAGACUCACCUGUGGACCACUUGUAUGAAGAAGGACUCAAUAAUCUACUGACUUCGGACGAUGUUUUCUCAGACGUUCCUGAUCCAGCAUGGAUGGCUCGUCUUUCUCUUCCUCUGUCAACCGACUACCAUGAAAACCUGUUCAUCCCAGACGGUCCACCGUCCCCUGAUGCCCUGUGUCCCAUGAGUAGUCCUGAUGAUUCCACCUCCUUCUCCACUUUCGGCAAAACCCUGGAGUCGCAGCCACUGAGAGGCAGAGCUCUGAUUUCAGAAGUGAGUUCUCUGUUUGAGAUGCUGUUAACACAGAAAGCUGACGCACAGUCAUGUCCACCAGCCGAUGUUCUCUACAGACUCUCAGCAGCUUACGGACGAUCACUCGGCUUAGAUGUACCUGCAAAUGGAGGCGCUGUUACCUCACGCCAACAAGGGCAGACUCCCAUAAUGCAGUAUGCCAACACUAUCCCAUAACGGGUUUCAUGCAAUCUUUGGGAGCACUAGAAUGACUCCAUGUCAGUGGCCAAAACAGCUUGUAAUAUACAAGCACUUUUUUAAAACCAGGUCUGUCUGGAACAGGCCGAACAAAACUUUUUUAUAUAAAACGAAACAACAGCAACAACAAAAAACAUUUGUAGUGCGUGAAAUAAGACUGAAAAGAACAUGUAUUUCUUGUCGUUCUUUUGCGACAAGUUUUGUUAAAUCACUUUUCAAUAUUUUACAUCCUAAUAAACUCACAACAAGUAUUUUGUUCUUCAUUUUGUGUUGAAAAGAAUCAAAAUACAUGAUCAGCAAAAUACUGUUAGCAAACAUCUUGACUCUGCUGAUAAUGGCGCUCAGAUGAAUAUGUGCUGAGUGUUUUACCCUUGAUAACUAUAAAUAUAAACAACAGAAUUAUGAUGGUGAAAAAACACUGUUAAGAAAGCAUCUGAUAUCAUGAUGUGGAUAAAACAGUAUCUGUUUUUACUCAUGUAUGUUUGGCUGCGAUGGACUGAACAAAAGAUAUCAUCUGUAAAGAUUUACAAAUUGAAAAGGACAAUGACAAAUUACACAGUGGGCACAGAUGUGCUGCAGAAGUGAAAAUAUUCCCUCAAAUUUCUCUUGGGUUAUAAUAGUUUCAAAUAAUAGUCUCUUGAAACAAUCUCAAAACAAACCUGAUAUUGUUUGGAAUUAAGUUGUCUUUUCAAAAAUCUUCACACAGUGAGCAUAACAGACUUCAACAUUAGAUAGUUGGGUAGGUGAUUCAACAUUAGGUAGUCAAACCAAUUAGAUCGAUUUUAUGUUGAACACUGGUUGAUUCUAUAAGGUUGUGUCAAGCGACUGAAAUCAAACAUUGAUUGAACAUUAAGUAGUCAAACCAGUUAGAUCGAUUUUAUGUUGAACACAGGUUAAUUUUAUAAGGUUGUUUCAAUCGACUGAAAAUCAACAUCGAUUCAAGUUUAAAACCAAUUAGAUCGAUUUUAUGUUGAACAUUUGUUUAUUCUACAUUGUUUCAAUUGACUGCAAAUCAAUAUCAAUUCAACAGUAGGUAGCAAAAUAAUUACAUCGAUUUUAUGUUGAACACAGGUUCAUUUUAUGAGGUUGUUCCAAUCGACUGCAAAUCAACAUUGAGUCAACAUUUGGUAGGCCAAACAAUUAAAUCGGUUUUAUGUUGAACACGGGUUGAUUCUAUAAGGUUGUUUCAAUCGACUGAAAAUCAACCUCGAUUCAAUGUAGAGUAGUCAAACCAAUUAGAUUGAUUUUAUGUUGAACGUGUUGAUUCUACAUCGUUUCGAUCGACUGCAAAUCAACAACGAUUCAACAUCAGGUAGGCAAAAUAAUUACAUCGAUUUUAUGUUGAACUUGUUGAUUCGAUAAGGUUGUUUCAAUCGACUGCAAAUCAACAUCGAUUCAAGGUUAGGUUGUCAAACCAAUUCGAUUGAUUUUACGUUGAACAUGGGUUGAUUCUAUAAGGUUGCUUCAAUCGACUGAAAAUCAACAUUGAUUCAACAUUAGGUAGGCAAAACAAUUAGAUCGAUUUUAUGUUAAACGUGGGUUGAUUCUAUAAGGUCGCUUCAAUCGACUGAAAAUCAACCGAUUCAACGUGAAGUAGUCAAACCAAUUAGAUCAAUUUUAUGUUGAACACUUGUUGAUUCUACAUCGUUCCAAUCAACUGCAAAUCAACAUCGAUUCAAGGUUAGGUAGGCAAAAUAAUUACAUUGAUUUUAUGUUGAACACGUUGAUUCUAUAAGGUCGUUUCAAUUGACUAAAAAUCAACAUUGAUUCAACUUUAGGUUGUGAAACCAAUUAAAUUGGUUUUAUGUUGAACACAUAUUGAUUCUGUCAUUCCAACCAACCACAAAUCAACAUCGUUUCAAUGUUAGGUAGUCAAACCAAUUAGGUUGAUUUGUACUGAAAAUGUUGAUUCUAUAACAUUAUUUCGAUUCAACAUUGUGUUAGUGAACCAAUUGCAUCGAUUUCACAUUAGAUUUGAAUGACGUCUACGUUGAUUCAACAUUACCCUCAUGAGAAAAACUUUGUCGAAUUGAUGUCAGAGUUUAACAUUGUUUUGAUGUUGUGAGACACAAAUGAUUUCAGGUUUAAAUUAUGUUAGUUUGCUAUCUCCGAUAUUACAAAACUAAGCCAUUUAUCACCUUUCUACAGUAAUACAAUAGUGAAAUAUGUUCUAGUUCAUAAACAUGCUAUCUAAAAACACCUAUAGGUGAACACCUAUUGUACACUAGCCUAUCAUUUUCAUUAGCAUAAAAACACAAAAGAUUAAUUGGGUAAUGUACUGUGAACAUAUACUCCAGUGAAUUCUAAAUACUAGAAGUGUCAUACUUGUUUUGUAAAAACAUUUCAUACAAGAAAACGUGUAAUAAUUCUGACUUUUGUUAGUAUUUUAGAGUAAUUGUUUUGUUUGUAAUUUGUUUGUUUGGUGUUAACCUUUGCUUAUACUCUGGAAAUAUGAGUAGAUUUGAGACGUAUAUGAAGCGAUUUGGUAGUUUUAGUGCAUUUUAAAUGUGAAAACUUACUGCUGUAAAAUGUACUUAUAGGAAUAGUUUACCCAAUUAUCCCUUUAAGAAAACUGUGGUAAACAUUUUGGGAAAGUAGUCAAUACUUGUAAUUAAUAAUUGUAAUGAAUUCACUUUGUUUAGAAACUCUUCAGAAAAUCUUUCUCUGAGAAGAAACGCAAGGCUCCACUGAUGGAGGUUAUUUUAGGUCUGAAGAGCGCCCACUGCUGGCCAUUUUUGGUUACUUUUUAUGUUAAUUCUCUAAUGUAAAUACUCUGUUCAUUUGUUAUAAGUGCAGUGCAUGCUGUAGUCAAAUAAUUAAAAAAAUAAGCCCAUAACUAUAUACAAGACUUGGUCACUGUUAGGGCUGAAAGAACAGACAACCAAAUUCAGUUAUGCUCUGAAAGUAAUUUGCUUUUGUUUUUUGCUUUUCUUUUUUGGGUAAUUUAUUGGUAUCAAAACUAAGAUGUAUAAUUCUGGCAACAUCAUUUUGUAUAUAAAUGUAAUACUCUCUUUUUAGUUCUAUAAUUCACAGCACUUUUGUAAACCCAUUUAAGCAGAAUAAAAUAUUUUAUAAA